AUGAAGUCACUCUUUGCAUUGCUCUCAUGCGCCACCACGGCCUUGGCCGCCAGCCGCACCUCUGCGCCGGCAGGAUGCAUCACAGCUGGCUCCGGAAGUAGUUACAGCACCAUUCAAGCGGCCGUCAACUCACUGUCAACGUCGGCCUCGGGAACACAGUGUAUUUUUAUCAAGCCUGGAACCUACAAGGAGCAAGUCCUCGUUCCUGCUCGCAGCGCCCAGCUCACAAUCUACGGGUCCACCACGGACACCACUGGCUAUGCGGCCAACUCGGUCACCAUCACCGGCUCCAAGAGCCAGGCCGAUGGCCUGAGCAACGACGAGACGGCCACGCUCCGGGUCAAGGCGGCCAAUUUCAAGCUGUACAAUGUCAACGUCGCCAACACCUACGGCAAAGGCUCCCAGGCCGUCGCGCUCUCUGCAUAUGCGGACUCGGGCUACUACGGCAACGCCUUCACGGGCUUUCAGGACACCCUGCUCGCAAACACGGGCAAGCAGCUGUACGCUGGAAAUCUCAUCCAGGGCGCGACAGACUUCAUUUUCGGCCAGAACGCGCCUGCGUGGUUCGAGAAGAACGACAUCAGGGUGGUCUCGGCUAGCCUUGGGUACAUCACGGCAAACGGCCGGUCCUCCUCGAGCGGCACAUCGUACUACGUCUUCAACAACUGCGACGUCGCCGCUGCGUCAGGAAACAGCGUCAGCAGCGGCGCAUACUACCUCGGAAGGCCGUGGGGCGAGUACGCGCGCGUGGUCUUCCAGAAGACCUCGAUGAGCGCCGUUAUCAAUAGCGCGGGGUGGCGCGUCUGGAACACGGGCGAUGAGCGUACCGACCAUAUUACCUUUGGAGAAUAUGGGAACACCGGGACGGGAGCCUCCGGCACUAGGGCUAGUUUCUCGACCAAACUAAGCUCCCCCGUGGCGAUUUCGGCUGUUCUGGGCAGCAACUACGCUUCUCUGGGUUUCUAUGAUGCGGCGUAUAUGUGA